GAAGCAGGCAUGUGGAUGAGUGGGGGACACACCAAACUCAUCGGUAAUAAUUGAGUGAACGACCAGGGAAAGGGAAAAAUAAAUAAAAAGAAGAAUUGAAGAGAAAGGAAAGAGACCCGGAAAGAGAAAAUGGGAAGGAAAAUAAUAAUGGGAAAAUGAAAACCAGACCCCCCCCCCCCCCCCCCCCCCCCCCCCCUCACUGUCACUCUUCACUGUUUGCUCAAUUUCAGUACUGCCAUUGUUGAAUCUGAAGGAUUUAAGGACUCUCAACAAGCGAACAAAUCACGGUGACCACCGCAAAGCCUUUCCAGGUUUCUCUCUCUGGAAUAACCAGACUCUCUCUUUCUCUCUCUCUGGUUCUUCCCUUUGAGUUGUUGAAGAUGCCCAGACCAGGCCCAAGACCAUAUGAGUGUGUUAGAAGGGCUUGGCACAGCGAAAGACACCAACCCAUUAGAGGCUCUCUCAUCCAAGAAAUCUUCAGGGUUGUGAAUGAGAUCCAUAGCCCUGCAACUAAGAAAAACAAGGAAUGGCAAGAGAAGCUCCCUAUUGUGGUUCUUAAGGCAGAAGAAAUUAUGUACUCCAAGGCCAAUUCUGAGGCUGAAUACAUGGAUCUGAAGACUAUAUUGGACCGGAUAAAUGAUGCUAUUAGGACCAUUAUUCGACUGGAUGAGAGCUCCGAGACCGGCGAGUUUCUUCAUCCUUGUAUUGAAGCUGCUCUCAAUUUGGGCUGCACUCCGAGGAGAGCAUCAAGGAGUCAACGAAACAGCAACCCAGGAUGCUACCUCAAAACCGGCACUCUGGAGCCUACCUGUGUUCCCCUCAGCAACUUUGAGAACAUAGUUCAGGCAAAUCUCAUCACCAAUGCGACAUUCAUGUCUCACAAUUUAAACUUUAUGAAACCGGCUACCAUGAACGGCGGUACUCUUUUAGGCUCUGAUUCUCACGGCCCUCUCCCCCAAAAUCGUGCUCAUACCAGUAACAAGUUCCUUGUUUUGCCUGAGAAUUUUCCUCCUUUUGGUACCCUACUGAGCUUACCUAAAGAAAUUUAUGCAUCGCCGAACUGGUCAGUGUAUCCCUUGUACUAUGUGAAUCAGCUCCAAUCUCAAGAAUCCAACUUUGGUCCUUAUGUUCCUCUCAAUUUCACUUCUAACAAGGCAAAGCCUGCUGCGACUGGGAACAGCCAAAAUCCAAAUGUAGAUGCUUCGAAUAAGUUUCCUCGAGCAGAAUUGAGGGGCGGGGGCGCUCCUGAGAACCCACCUCGUGGCGACUGUGACUUGUCAUUGCGGUUAGGUCCACUUUCAGAGUCAUGCGUAAGUAUGAAUAAUUGGCCCCAGGAGGUUGAAGAUGUGGGUUCGAAUAGUUCUCAAGGAAGGAGCAGGUUGAGUGAGACAAUGCAGCUGAUGGAUAAAGAGUUCUCUUUCUUCCCCAAGCCUAAUGCCAGUGACCCUCUAGACUCAUGUUCGAGCAAAUGGAGUUCUGAGGCUGAAAAAAUGAAGGCUGACACAACUACGAAGAAGAGGAAGGCAGUUUUUAGUUACCAGUUUGAGGAUAGGCAAUUUUGUUGGCAGCCAAAGCAUCAAUAUUACCAUUCUACUGAAAAAAUGAGCAAUGCAGGUCUGUAGACUAACUUCUACUUCACCAGGUCUCUUGAAAAAUGAGCAAUUUUGAAGUAGGCAGCAGAUGCGUGUAGUUCCUCUAAUUCAUUGCAAUCUGUCUGUAUCUGACUGUUGUCACUAUUUAAUGAUGAGUUGCUUAUUGCAAUUCAGUAAUGCAAUUUGCGGUGUAAAUAUGACCUAGCUUUCUAUCUACAAUUAUGCUAUUAUAGAAGCUAAUUUACAUGUGGGAAUGGGCUCUGGCUUUACUGUAUUUACAUACUUGAAUUUGAUGUCUUGUCACUUGUGCUAUACGGAACAGAAAAGAACACUAAUAAUGUAAGUGACUUGGCGGGUAGUUUCCUUUGGUGUUAAGGGUGGAUGGAGAUGGGAAAGAGAAAAAGGCAGAGACGUAAUUAGCUGUUUCGUGAAGCUAUUAGUAUGAAGCUAUGGAGAACUAGCUCUACCUUCAUGAUCCCAAAUUUAUAGCCAUUAAUUAGCAUGAAAUUGUAGGGAAUUAGCUGCUGUAUUUUACAUGCUUGGGGCUCGACCCCUGGAUUCUUCACAUGGUAGAUAAUGAUAAAAUUCAUUUCUUGUUCAAAAUCUCUAUGUCCAAAGUCAAAAACUUUUCCUUUCUAAAGGAAUUAUAAGACAUAUAUAUGUUAAGAGUCAAUGAAUUAAGAAGUGGAGAUGAAAUGAUGAGCCGCAUUCUGGAUAGGGUUUGUUGUUUUGUGUAAGGGGGAAGCAAUCAUUCUUACCAAAUGUACAAGUUUAUACUGAGCCAUUGUGGAUAGGUUCAAUGGACCCCGU